CUAAGCCUAAUUUGAUAGCCAGAAUAUCGUAACCUUUAAAAUGCUGUGUUCGGGUCAUACCCGGGGCACACACAAAGCCCCUUUCUUCUCUUUCUACUUCAAAAAUCGGAAACAAAGCUGUGAUCUGCCAUCACUGUUGUAUAGCUAAUGGCUAAUAAACAUACAAUUAUUCUCAUGCAAACAUCUCCUAAUAGAGCAACUCGCACUUUUAUGGAUUAUGAGUCCAUUAAUCAAGCAAUGGAUGGGAUUUGUGCACUAUAUGAAAGAAAACUGAAGGAGAUCAACCCAACCAUAAGAAACAUCUCUUAUGACAUCUCUGAUCUUUACAAUUUUGUUGAUGGGCUUGCAGACAUGAGUGCACUAGUCUAUGAUCACUCAAUUCAGGCUUACUUGCCAUAUGAUCGGCAGUGGAUAAAACAGAAGACAUUUAAUCAUCUGAAAAAACUGGCCUUACAUUAAUUUGGUGUAUGAUAAUUCUCCAUCCAUGUGGAGUUUCAUGGUCUUCUGGGAAGGAAAAUGCUGCAAUGAAAGCUGUUAAGAAUUAUUGUGCAGAUCCUUGAUCAAAUACUCUCUCGUUGUAUCCAUUGCUGAUGUUUCUAUUGAUGCACAUAAAAAUAUAUUUUUGUAUUUGCAGCAUUAGAUUGAAGUCAAAUUGUUAUUAUGCCAUAAAUUUGUAUCUGGUCUGGUGAUUGGCUCUCAGGCUCUCAGCACACUGCCCCUAUUAAGUUGUCAGCAUGUAAACCGUGUGCUUAAGUUCUUAACUUUAUCAGUAUAUCAGUGUAGUAGGUUUUUUUUAAUCCUAUUUCAUGGUCCAUGAAUGAAUGAAUGAUGAACUCACAAUACCAAUAUUGAAAUAUGAAAUUACGUAGUAUUUUAUAGCUACAAUCUCGACUUGUAGCUGUUUAGUGGUAUUUUAA